GCUCCCAUUAUGACUCGCGAUCAGUCAAAGUUCGACGUGCUGCAGAGCAACACCCAUCACUUGAUUGUAGCCAUGAAUCAGCUAACACUCGUGUUUUGCCUGCUGCUUUGGUCUGAAGUAGAUGGAGCCUUCAGGGACUUUGUGGUGGAACCAGAGAUCGAUUCAGAAGAUAGCGAACUGGAAAAUAAUUUCCAGGACCGAGAGGGCGCUCUUGAUGAGAAUCUGCUCGUCUCGUUUCAGAGCGUAGAGCGUGAUGGCAUUGUCGAUACUCAACUGCUGUUGAAGGCUCUCAUGCAGCACGCCCAACGCCUGGGCCUGAGCUUGGAUGAAUUGGCAAGCAUGAGUUAUGGGGAGGCGGAAGACGAGGAAGCUGCCAACCAGCUGGAGUCUAUGUCCAGAAAUCAGGAUAUGAUGGGUUGUAAUUCCAGGGAUCAGGAAAUGUUUGAAUAUGCCGAUCGGCCCACAUGGCGAGAUGUGAUCUUCAACUGAUCCAAGAAUAAAUCAUAGUGAAUCAUGAUAAAAGCA